CAUCGUCACUGCAACAAACACGCUGCAUCCUGCAUGUCGCUUAUGCGCUGGUCCUGCAUGACACUAACAUUUAUCCGUCGACAUAUAUUCCGUCUCGCCGGUUGAACGGCAGCUGCUGUCGCUCCCGCACGUGCAUCGAAGCACUCCCGUAAACACACCCGUAAACACAGAUCGACAGAGCGCUCAUUCCAACGCGUCGCCAAAUCGCUUCAACCCCCUUGCGACGACUGUGCCGUCCACAGCACACCAUGGCGACCGCCCCAGCCGAUUCGCCGCCAGCGCUGGCCACCACGAAGCGCAAGUUCCACAAGCUGCUCGACAACCUUACCGCCAGUACCUCGACAGCAUCGCUCACAAGCACCCUCUACGAGUCCAGCAACAAUGCAUCGGCCGGCUCGCUUCCCCAGGCCGGCUCCCCGGAACCCGCAGCUAAGCGCCCUCGCAGCUCAGAGGCCAGUAUGGAACGACAGCGCCAGACGUCCGCCGGCCAGGCACGCAUACAAGCGCUGAAGGAUCAGCUGCUCACACCCAAGAGGAAGGGCACGAUGAGGGUCGUGGGCGUGCAGUCACAGCAAACGGCAUCGACACCGCGCAACGCGCCAAACUUCCAGCCAUACAGUCAGGACAUGUUUCUUGGGCGGCUCAAGACGUUUGCGGACGUGAAGAAGUGGACGACAAAGCCAGACGCCAUCGGCGAGGUCGAGUGGGCGAAGAGAGGCUGGUCGUGCGACACGUGGAAUACAGUGGCCUGUAAGGGAGGCUGCGAGAAGCGCGUUGCUGUGAAGCUGAGGCCAAAGCGGAGGGCUGAGGACGGGCGGGACAUGGAGAUGAGCGAGGAUCUCUCACACGACGUAGCGCCCUCGCUGGUCGAGCGGUACAAAGCGCUGAUCGUCGAGGGCCAUUCAGAUGACUGCCUCUGGAGGAAAGCUGGCUGUCAAGACGACAUCUACCACAUCCCCAUCGCCAGCCGCGCAAAGAGCCUCGCCGACCUAAUAAGCCGCUACAGCUUCCUCCUCGCCAUCUCCAGCGACCUGCCCCUCCCAAAGAACAUCACCUACCCCGACCCCCACAUCGACUCGAUCCUCGCCCGCAUUCCACCCACCUUCUUCUCCGCCGCAACCAGCCGCACCCCGCCCUCUAGCCCCGCCGAACGCACCGCCUUCGCCUUCGCCCUGUUCGGCUGGACCGGCGUGUCAGAUUCCCGCAUCUCGCUCGCCGUGUGCAACCACUGCUUCCAACGUCUGGGGCUGUGGCUGAGUUCAGACGCGCGGCUGCAGGAGAUGAGCAAGAAACUCGAAGUGCCUGUUGAGUCUCUCAGGCUCAAUCUGCUCGAAAGCCACCGCGAACAUUGCCCCUGGAAGAACGCUGAUGUCCAGGGGAAUUCGGCGGAUAGCCGGAUCGCAGGCAUGGCGGCGUGGCAGACGCUGGAGUUUAUGCUGUUGGGGAGUAGGAGGAGCAAGGAGCUUCCUAAGCUGCCGAAUGAAUCUAUGGGGCAUGAGAGGAAUGUCGAUAGUGUUGAUCUGGGCAGCGAGGCGACCUUCCCGAGAGGAAGUGUGGAGAGUGCGAGGGAGGUGGUUGGAUACAAUGAUGAGGGAGAUAGCGAGAGUCUGACGAACAAGUGGAAGAAGUUCAAGGCUAAGCUGAAGAGGAGCACAAGUAAGAGGAGUUUGAAGAGUGUCAAGAGUGUCAAGAGCGUGAAGAGUGUGAAAAGCAUGGAGUCGGGGAAAGAGACUGAGCAGGACAAGUGAGAUUCGUUGGGAACAGAGGAGAAGGAGGGUCAAGAUGGAGUUCCGAGUCCGCCGGCAGUUGUAGUAUUGCUUGAGCGUUCCUAUAUAUUCUGAUCUUGUAGAUACCCUCACUGCGGUUCGUCCAACUACUCGCUACGCGUCUUGCUUUGUCUCCGCUGUACGUUGCCACCCUCUAGUUCGCCUUCAU